AAGAUGCAAGAACAUCACACAAACUGGCAGAGUGUGAUGGGGUCAGAAUGGAAAGAUACAAGUCUAAAAUCAACCACGUGGGACAUAAAUAUGGAAUCGAUACAGUUUUCAUUGCUGCCAUUACCUCCAGAGAGUCCAGAGCUGGAGCUGCAUUAGGUAAAGGCAAGAGAGACUAUGGCAACACCUGAGUGCUGAUGCAGGCUGAUGUUAAUCCAAACAGAGGUGGACAUACUACUACUCGAGGUGACUUGGACAGUGAGGAACACCGCUGCCAAGGUACUGAGAUCUUGGUUAUUGUUAUCAAACGGAUCCAUGAAAAAUUCCCUGGCUGGACCAAAGAGCAGAAGCUGAAAGGUCUGUUGGAAGAUCAACAUGCAUCAGCUGUCUUUGCUUAGUGUUGUUCUCACUGGUUAUUUGCCUCUGCAGGAGGGAUGGCGGCCUUCAAUGUGGGGGAUGGAAAUGUCCAUUCCUAUGAAGACAUGGAUACCUACACAACCAGUGGAGACUACUCCAGUGAUAUUGUUGCCAAAGCUCACUUUUUGAACGUUUUAAGAAAAAUAAUGACCUAUGAAAAUAAAUGGCCUUUAAUUCAUUAAUUUCAUCAUCAUAUAUCAAUUGCCAGUCCUUUUCAGUUUACUCAAAUGCAUAACCCCACCAUAUAUUUCAGACUCAAAGCCUUCCUGUACCCGUUAAAGUUAACAGAGGGCUGUUUCUUGUAAAUCGUGUUUUUGUAUUGUUUUUUUUUUUCCCCUCCCU